CGUGCCGAGUGCGUGAGCUCUCCUUCUGAGACAACUUGAUGCGCUUCGCUGCCCGCUCCUCACCUCGUCUCUCCCCUUCUCGCCUUGGUCAUCUCUUUCCCUCCCUCAUGGGGAGACAGCAUGCUUCUGCAGGAGUGCAGAAAUAAUAUUUACAUGUAGAGACGUGUGAGAGCAGGCGACCCUGCCACAGUACUUUCGGAGCACAGGGGAGAGAAGGAAAAAGAAGAAAGAAAGUGGAGACGGAGAGAAAGAAAAGAGAAACGGCACAUCGGACUGUAAUAAUAACAGUGGAAAGGGACAGGUGGAGAAGAAAGACGUGAGUGAAGAUCAUAGCCGGAGGAGACCACAACAUGAAGAUCAUAGAGCUGCAGACUGCUGUAAUACUGAUGCUGGUGCUCGCGCCCGGACCGCAAUGUGCCCGUCUGAUCAGGAAGAGGGGACUCAAUCAAAAGGACUACGAGUACUCGAGCCAGCUGCAGUCAACCCAGCACCAGAAAAAUGACCGCUGCCCACCACCGCCCCAGAUGCUCCCAGAGCGGGCCUGUGAGGUGGCCGGUUGCCAUUCUGACUCUGAGUGUGAGCGUCACAAGCGCUGCUGCUACAACGGCUGUAUCUAUGCCUGCCUGGAGUCGGUGCAGCCACCCCCAGUGCUGGAUUGGCUGGUGCAGCCCAAGCCCCGGUGGCUUGGAGGCAAUGGCUGGCUGCUGGAUGGACCAGAGGAAGUCCUACAGGCGGAGGCAUGCAGCACAACAGAAGAUGGAGAUGAGCCUUUGCACUGUCCUACUGGGUACGAGUGCCACAUCAUACACCCAGGCAUACCUUCAGCUGGCAUCCCUAAUCGUGGACAGUGCAUCAAGCAACGCGGCAACUCUGAUGGCCGCAGCCUGAGACACAAGUACUUCAAAGAUUACAAGGACUACACAGGAAGCAGCUCCAAUAAUGCAGUGAGGUAUGAGGAGCACCAUAAGCAUCUGGGCUAGACAAGAGGGGGACAAAACCCUCAGAGACUGAAUUUACCUCUGAGGCAGCAGACCCCUUCCUACAAUAUACUACCACCAGACCCAAAGAAAAUAAGCCCAGGACCGAAGGAUCCAGGUAUCGGGCCAGAUUCUGGAAAAAAUGGAGACAAAAAAAAAGAAAAAGAAAAAAAAAAAAAAAAAAAAAAAAAAAACCCACACACACACUUUCCCAUCUUUCCCAAAGUCAAUAACAAAUGCAGCUAAAGGCUUUCCGAAGGUCAGGCUUCCAUAAGCAUUCAAAACAGACACCAGAAACCAAAAAACAGUGCAACUAGCCGGAGGGAAGAGGAGGCUUGAGAUGUGGGAGUGUUAGGUGUGGGGCAUGAGAAAAAUGCUGAGGUCUCACACCUCCCUCCUUCCUGUUGUUUACAACAAUAACAAACAUGUUCCAGUCACCCCCCUUUGUGAUCCUCAUGAAAAAGAAAAAGAAAAAAAAAAAAAAUAGUAGCGCUGGGCUGCAAGGUGAGAUAUGGGGGGGGGAGUGGGUGGGUGUGCUGCUAUGGCCAGCAGGUCCUGAGCAAUCCCACAGCAGAGCCAUUUACAUAAUAUGAGAGGAUCUAUAAGAAUACAGAACUACAGGGGCCAUAAAAUGGUAAAAAGGAGAACAGGUGUGAGAGUGCGUCUGUUUUCGUGCCUUUGUCAUGGUGCUAAAAGAAGCUAUAGUCACAGUCAGAGUACAAUAAGCUGUCACAAAUACCAAUCUCAAUUUCAUUAGGCUUCUCUAAGAGGUAUAAAGCAACAUUAAAAUAAAGUACAGGCUUUCCUCGUAUGAAUGAUCCUUUCACAAAAAUUCAGACUUCUGAACAAUGUAAUUUUUACCCUAAAAUUUGCAUGCCAAGCUAUAAAACACGCGAGAAACACCUCAUGAGAAAUGGAAAUUUCAACUCAAAACAUGAGCCGUGUCACACCCAGCACAGUACGCAGCAAGCAGUCCCCACACUCAUGCAAGCUUUCAAGUGUUGAAAGAACUUGAUAAGGCAAAGUAAAGCCUUACCUCUCAAUUUAAAACCUAAAGUGAUAACAUUCAUAGAAUUCUCUUGAAAGGCAAUAUAACCGAUUUGAUUCGCUAUUCUUUUAUUCCAAAUAAUACUUUACAAACAGCUCAGCUGAAAGGAGUAAUCAGUGUUUGCAGAAAUUUAAAGAAAAAGUGCCUUGUUAGGUAGAGUUCUAAUAAUAGAAUUUCUUCAUGCAGUGUUUUAAAGGCACUUUCGCCAAGCACGGCCUGUGCAGUGCAGGACUGCAGUGGUCCGGAGCGUAUCUCAGAACCACAAGGCGCAAGCCAGGGUACACCCUGCAUGGGACGCCAGUCCUUGGCAGAGAGCUCACACAUUCAUUGACUCACUUCUACAUACUGAUUCAGACUCACUAGUUUCCCCAAAACACGUAUCUUUGGACUGACGGAGGAAACGGAAGCACCAGAAUGACACCCACGCAAACAAGUUAAAUCAUAAGACAAAAAGGAGGAAGGCUAUAAGGGGAAAAAAAGGAGCAUACUGAUGUGUGACAUAGGUGAUUAAGAGCUUAUAUUACAAGAAUUAGCAUUAUGAGAAGAUCUUCAAGAACAAAUUACACUCAUUCUGCGAGGAAAGCCUGUACAAUAAAGUAUAACAGCAGAGCAUGAAAUUCAAAAAACACCACUCAGCACUUUGCUAUACAAUAACUGUAGGUGAUGGGGAAAAAAAUGUUCUCAGAGCAUCGGUCCAAAAGCAGGUUCCAAGACAGAUUCAAAGGGAACAGGGAAUGAGAAUGACUGAGGCGUCAUUUAAGCUGUCACAUGGAUUACAGCCUACCUCUGCAUAAGCUCUUUCUCAACCGCAUUCCACACAGGACCACAUGUAUGCAGACUUUUUGCACCAUCUAUUCCUUUUUAUCAGGCAGUUCAGAAAAAGCUAUUUAACACUGAACAGGUUGUAUUUUUUAAAGAUGACUGCUAGAGCUUUUGUGACACAUACUACGUAAAUGCUACCUUUUACUUCAGCGAUAACUGAUGAGCAGUUAAGCCAGGGAACGGGUUGGAACGAAAACCAGCAUAUACACAGUGCUCCAUGAAAUGUGUUUUGAGACACAGGUACCUCACAUUUCCACAAACAGCAGGAAAUCCACAAGCUAUCAGUCUUCUAACUGAAGGACAAAUGGAAGUCUCAUACCAAAUGUUCAACAGGUGCUGUUAAGACAUAUAUUGCAAAAUAAAGUAAAAAAAAAUACUGUAAAAGGUGUUUUUCUUUUUACGGGAAUGACAAACUAUUCUGAACUUGCAUUUACCCAAAACAUGGUUAUAUACCGGAAUACACAUUCACAGAGAGAAUUUGGUGAAAUAAAGAAAUUAACAGAGCGGGAAAAGUGCUUCACUCCUGGAUCAGUCAAUAAAAAAUUUAAAUUAAAAAUGUAUGUAAAAUCCUGCACUUUUGUGUCAUGUGCCAGCAAGCACUGGGUGAAAAACAAGUGUCUGUAGUAAAAUAUUACUAUCUGCCUCACUGAUGCAGCUCAGUAGUAACCAACAGGCUCUGAAAACCAGGUAUGACCACUAAGGUGGUAAAGGGUUUUACCAAAUACGAAAUGCAAACUGCGAUUAUUAUUUAAUAUAAGGUACUGGCCCAAA